CAACCCAGACGCGGGCAGCACCCAGCCUUGCCAACGCCGCGGGACUCCGGCAGCCCCGCAGCGCUCCGGCUUCGCCUUCCCUCGGGAUCGCCCUCCGCAGCGAUGGACGGAGACGGGGACCCAGAGAGCAUGGGCCAGCCUGAGGAGGCGAGCUCGGAUGAGCAGCAGGAGGAGGGGUGCGUGUGCGUCCCGGAGGCGAGCGGCGGGGAGGAGGAGGAGACGGCGUACCUGGACGAGCUGCCCGAGCCGCUGCUGCUGCGCGUGCUGGCCGAGCUGCCGGCCGCCGAGCUGGUGCAGGCCUGCCGCCUGGUGUGCCUGCGCUGGAAGGAGCUGGUGGACGGCGCCCCCCUGUGGCUGCUCAAGUGCCAGCAAGAGGGGCUGGUGCCGGAGGGCGGCUCGGAGGACGAGCGUGACCACUGGCAGCAGUUCUACUUCCUGAGCAAGAGGCGGCGCAACUUGCUGCGAAACCCGUGCGGGGAAGAGGACUUGGAGGGCUGGUGCGACGUGGAGCACGGCGGGGACGGCUGGAGGGUGGAGGAGCUGCCCGGAGACUGUGGGAUGGAAUUCGUCCACGACGAGAGCGUCAAGAAGUUCUUCGCCUCCUCCUUCGAGUAAGGAGAAGCGGGGUGGGCGGGAAGGGGGAGAAGGGGCACUCCACUUCCUCCUAACGAUUAUUCCCUAGGACCAAUAAUGAAUAACAAGUUGGGUACAACCACAUAAGUGCUAUUGAUAAGUGAAUGGUACUCGGGGCGCAGCGACGCCGGCUGCCUGUAUGAGCUCACGGUGAAGCUGCUGUCGGAGCACGAAGACGUGCUGGCCGAGUUCAGCAGCGGGCAGGUGGCAGUGCCGCCAGACAGCGACGACGGAGGCUGGAUCGAGAUCUCCCACACUUUCACCGACUACGGGCCCGGCGUUCGCUUCGUCCGGUUCGAGCACGCGGGACAGGACUCCGUCUACUGGAAGGGCUGGUUCGGGGCCCGGGUGACCAACAGCAGCGUGUGGGUGGAGCCCUGAGUGACCCCUCCUCCCGCUCCCCCCAGCUGCCCUGCAGGGGCAGAAGCCCGGGGUAGACAGGCCUUAGUGGUAGCACCUCACCUUCCCCUCCCUGCGCACUACUCUCCCGCCCCGGCUCCAAGCCCAGCCCCCACGCAGGUAGAGAAGGGUUUUGCUGGCAUAUGUUUGCACCUGGAAAAUAAGAUGGGUGAAGGCUUGGGCCUGGACUGGGCCCACCGCGGAAUCCCCCACCUCUAGCACAGUGCCCGCCGUAAAGUGGACUUUCAAUAAACAUGACUUGUUCGAGGAAGAAA